GGGCCUGCGCACUAAAAUAAAAACUUUGGUUUCCAGAGUAAAUUUUUGAGGUUUCGUCCAACAUUUAUAAACAACUUAAUCUUUGGAUUUCCUCUGGAUCAUGCCGUUUAGCUGCUAGUCGGAACCAUGGGAACAACUAGAGAAGAAAGGAUUCAUAAGGAGUUGACAUCCUUCAUGGAUACCAUCCUAAAUGGUGGAAUCAAGAUCAAAUCGGCCGCUGAGGUCGGAAAAAGGGCAGUUCAAUACACUAGAGCUGAUGAGUUGCUAAAGUGUAUCGUUAAACACAAGGAAACAAUCCACAAAACUUGCCCGAGCUACCUGGACGGUACAACCAUUGAAGAUACCGAAGAUGUUGCAAGAUUUGUCGACGCCCUCAUUGAAAAUGGAUUCAUGUAUCGUGCACAGUACCAUCCGCUGGAAGGAUGUCUGGAAAAAACAGAGACUGGAUCCUACAAGAGACCAACAUGGCCAAAGAGGUUGAUAAAGACACAGAAGCAGCAUUUUGACUCUGUCGGAUUCUACAUUUUGUCCUAUGAAGGCAGUCAGAAGUGGAACUACUUCAUGCUUUGUGCAAUGAUUUUUGGGAUUUUUGCAAUGUGCAUGUUUCAAGCUUGGCCACUCUAUUUGAAGUUGUCAAUGUGGUAUCUUUCUGUGGUUUUGCUCUCCUUUUUGUUGGUGGCAAUCAUACUUCGUUUGAUUCUCUUUUUGGCACUCUGGUUCUGUGGAUUCGAUUUUUGGCUAUUCCCUAAUUUGUUUGACGAGGACCUUGGUGUUGUUGACUCAUUCAAACCUCUAUAUUCGCUAUUGUAUCGUAAUGACAAUUAUGUAAUGAUUGGGUGCCGUAUGCUGUGCUCAAUCCUUGUAGCAGUGUCCGUAAAUGAGCUUAGGAAGACCCACGAUAUUAAGGAUAUCGGAAACUUUGCUAAACAGUCGUUUAUGGACGUCCUGGAAUGGGGACAUCAAAAACUUACAGCACUUCCAGAGGACAAUUCCAUCUACAAGACACUCGGGGUGGACCUGGAUACGGAGUUUACUGAGGAACAGCCCGGAGAAGCAGGAGAAGAGAAUGAAGACGAUGAUUACAGUUGCUUGUUUGCCUGUGGAUUCAAAUCUCUCGAUGAGUUUAUGAAAAAGUGCAUGUCAAACUGUGAAUGCAUGAGUGAUUUAUUGACAAACAGUUGUCUGAACAAGUGUCCAGAGGAAACUAUACAAUCGCUUACUGAAGUCAAGAAUGACGCUUGUAAGAGGUACAAGAGGAAGUAGGCUGUAUUUGCUUUAAAUCUUAAAGACAGAAACUAAAUAAUUGAACC